CAAUGGUUACACUAUUGUUGUUGCUUUAGCAACGGCUAUAAGAGAUAAAACAUGCAUGUUAUUUAAUUUUAAAUAAUAACCAAACUAAAUCGUAAACAAAAACUAUAAAAAUAUUUGGGUUCAAAGAUCAUAUUAAUAUUUAUUAUUUCAAUAUUAAGUAUUUACACCGUUCUUUUAUUCAUUGUUAUAUUGUUUUUACAAAAUUAAAGUCUCAUUAUUUUUACCCAAUUUUAUUGUGUGGUCAUUUGUUUUUUUUUUAUGAUUAAAAUGUACACUGUUUUAUAUUUUAUACAAAUUAUUUUAUUCUGAUCACAAUAUUAAAUUUCAUUAUAUCAAGAUUAAUUUAAAUUUAAUUAUAUAGUGUACCUAAUAAUUAUUUAAUAUAUAUAUGAAUAUAGAUAUGAAUUUAAUAUUCAAGUAAUUUUUGUGUGUUGCCAUGGUGAUGUGUAUUUUUACGUAAACAGUAAAUCAAUUUAACCAUUCAUUUUAUGAAUAUUAAUAUUAAUAAUAAUUGUAAUUAAUGAGUAAUUAUUCUUUUUAGACAUAUGUAAAAAUGAGUAUGACUGAAUUGAAAUCUGUACAUGAUGCUUAUAAAAAAGAAUUAGCACGAGUAUGUCAAAAACACCAAGUUGAACUAAAUGAAAUUGAACAACGGCAUAGAGAUGAGAUUAAAAAUUUGUGUGCUGAAAAUUCAUCAGAAAUCUCUAAUGUUAAGCAGAAUUUGAAAUCUUUAUAUGAAAUUGAAUUAGAAAAAAUUGAAAAUAAUCAUAAACAUGAAAUUUGUAAAUUAAAAGAACAUUUUAAGGGACACCUAAAUGAUUUAAAAGAUUGUGACUUAGAUACAUUAACAAAACGCAUUGAAGAUGAUAUAACAAAAACUCAAGCACAACAUAAGAAGAUGGUUUCAAAUUUGUUAAAUGAAAAUUAUAAAUUACGAAAGGUAUAUUUGUUAUAAUAUUAGAAAAAAUAAUUGAUAAUUAAUUUAUUAAUAAUUAUUUGUAGGCAUUGAAAAGUUAUUCUUUUGUUGAUGUUGAUCGAUUAUCAUCAAUAGAUUCUUUAGAUCAAAAGUUGUUCCGCAGUAACUCAAAUGGACAUGAUACAGACAUUGAAACUUCAGAUUAUGUAUGUUUUAACAUAGAUUUUGAUAUUUAGUAUCUAAUAAUAAAUUGUCAGAUGUAAAUGUAUAAUUCAAUUCAUAUUAUUUCUAUUUUUAGGUUUUAUCUCAAGAUAGUAUUGAAAUGCAAAUCAAGGAUUUAGAAGACAUUGCUCAGGAGAGGUUAGUAUUAACAAUUAUUUUUAGUUUUUUUUUAACUUUAUUUUACUAUAUUACUUUCAAAAUAUUAAUACUUAUAAAUUCAGUUUUAUAUGAAGUACUGUUGGUAAAUGUGCACAUUUUUACUUUCACCAAUUGAAUGAUUAUUAUAGUUGGUAUUGUGUUUCUUUUGAUGCAAGAUAAUUGGAUGCAUGUGACAUUUUUUUUAAUAAAAAUGAUUGACUUUUAGAUUUUUUUUAAAAAGUUUGAACUACAAUAAUUAUUUUGGGUUUGAUCAAACUAUUUUGUAUAUUUUAGGUUUUACUAAAAUCGGUUGGUAAAAAUUCUAAAUUUGGACAUUUAUUGACAGUAAUUGGUAAAAACCUAGAUUUUACUGACUUUUUUACUUUUAUUGUAAAAAAUAAUGAAUUAAAACAAAAAUAUAUUUUAGGGAUAACUUACGUUCAGUAGCAUUGACUCUUCGUCAAUUAACUAAAUACUUAUGCUCUUUUCUAAUUACCAAGCAAGAAGAGUUGAACAACUCAAUUGUAGAGCGUAUGAACAAGAUAGAAUGUAGUAGAAUUUCCAGUAGCAAUGGGGGUGGUGAUAAUUGUGCUAUUGAAUUGGUAGAUAAACGGGAAAAUAAUGUAAAUGAAGAUAAAAGUCUAAGGAAAGUACAUUUUGUUCCAAAUAUUGAAGAUAUUGUUUCACUUAUUGAUGAAAAUUCGGUAUUAGCUGAUUUCACUAAUACCAAAACUAAUGAGGAGAUUAAUCAUUUAGAGUUUAAUUUAUGUUUAAAGAAGUUAAAUGAAAAAGUUGCUGAAUUAUCUGGUAUGUCAUACAUGUAAUUCUACUAUUUUAUUUUUUUUUAAAUCUUGUGUACCUUUAUUUGUUUAGACGCAAUAAAUAACGAACACAAAUUGCUUUAUCCAAAUUCAGAAGACAUAUGUCAUAAAACAUUUUUUGAUACAAAACUAGAACAUUAUAAAAAAGUAAGUAAUUUUUGGUAUAUUUAUAGUUUGAGGAGGAACUCAAAAUAUUGUAUUUAUUUUUGUUUUACUUGCUUUUUAACGUUGAAAAUAUAAUACAACGGAAAUUCCCGCAGACAAUUGCCACAGUUUCAAAGUUAAUAACCAUUUGAAGUUUGUCAAUUUUGUAGUUUAGAUUAAAUAGCAUACAUUCGUAAUUGUUAACAUUAUACCAUGGCGAAAUGGUUAAUGUGGCAUAUGAGAAACGUGAAGUAUGGAAUCGGAAUAAAUCUUAUAGUGUGUGAUCUAAAAAUUAAUGGUAACCUAUACAUAAUAAAUACAUAACAAUAACAAAUAAUAAGUGGGUACAUUUAAAUUUCUAAAUUUUGCGUCACUGUAAAAAUAAAAAACAAAAAUGAAUGAUCAUUUUUAUAUUUUUUAAAAAUAAAUCUUAAUUCUUAUAAAUUAUAGAUCUGUACCAUAUUUCAAUCAAGUGCCUUGGUAACAAUUAUGGAGAUUAAAGAUAAAAAGAUUAAAUAUUGUAGAUCACACACUAAGAUUAUGAUAUUUUGCUGUCUAAGUCACACUCGAAGAAUGUCGUAAAAAAAGAUAAUCAAUUGUUUACACUUCUAGUUGUCAUAUUAUGUUUAAUAUUUUUGCUGGGUUUUCGAGAUCCACUUAAAAUCGAUUAGUUUUUAUAAUAAACAUACAAUUUAAAAUAGCAAAUAAUUGUUUUCAAAAAAUCAUUUUUAGCAUUAAAAACUCUGUCUUUUAAAAAAAAAUCAAAAUAGGUUUUUGAUUUAUUUUGGCAUAACUUCCAAAAUAAAAAUGGGUGGGCUAUAGUUUUGGGUGAGAAUUUGAGAAGGUAGAAGAAAAAUUUAAUUUAUAUCUGUAUGCAUUGAUUAAUCAUUGAGUACAAAAGUACCACUUCAGGAAAAUUUCUUUUCAGAAAAAUUGCUAUACCUGAAAAUCAGAGCAAGAUUUCUGGUAAAAAGUUCUUAACAUGUAAAAAAAAAAGAAAAAUUCCUAACUAAUAUAUACCUCACUCUACUCAGCAUCUAAAAGUGGACAGAUUUUGACAAGCAUUUUCGAAUUUAGUGUCUUAAAAAACACAUUUUGAAAAAAAAAUAGUUACCAAAAAAGGGUGCUCCUUUAAACAUUCCAAUUUUGUACAUUUUUAUCAAAAAGAAAAUAAUAUUAUGUUAAUGUUUUGUAUAGGAACUUAAAAAACAAGAGUCAGAAUAUAAGAAGUUAUUUAUGGAAAAUUCUGUACUUGAACAAGAAAAUGAAUCUAUGAAAGAGUAUAUUGAAAAAGAAUUUUUUUCUAAUAAUUAUAAAAAACCAUGUAAUGAUCUUGAAAAUGAUAAUUUAAUACUACUGCAACAGAAAGGUACAAUAUAUUUAUUCACCAAUGUAAUCAAAAUGAAUCUGUCCAUUUUCAGCUUAUCUUUUGAGUUGUUUAUUAAAUUUAUACUAAAGUAGUUUGCAAGAUAAUUUGGUUAAUUAUGUGAAUGAUUUUGGUGAUAUAAUGAUCUUUAGGGAUAUUUAUUUGGGUUUAAUACUAUGUUUGAAAGAUGCAUUCACACAUUUCAUUUUACAAACAUACCAAUAGUAUAUAGUAAUAGGGCUGUAAUUCAUUUUUCACUAAAACUAUCACUUUUAUCAUUUAUAGCCUUAUCAUUUAUUUGUGGAGAAAACAUUUUUUGAAAAAAAAAUUCUGAGUGAGCAUGGUUUUACAUGUUUUGAAAAGCUAUUAUAUUUAUGAUUUUUGCCAAAAUUUGAUAUUAACUCUUAUAAAAAAAAUAAUACUACAUAACACUUUUUUUUACCACUGAGUACACUAACUUAUAAUGAACCUCGUGUUGAAUUUUCAAAUAUUUUUGUUUUGUAAAAUAAUCGUAUCCACAGAGUACCUACUAAAUAAAAAAAAAAAGUUCACAAAAUUUUAAUGUCUAUAAAUAGUUCAAAAUUUUUUAAAUUUUAGAAAAUUUAAAUAUAUAUAAAUUUCAUACUAUAUGAAUAUUUUUAAUUGAAUUACAACAAAAAAACAAAAUUUAAAAUAAUACAAAUAUUUGGCUUAUUUUCUAGUUAUUUUUAAGUUUUUCUUAAUCAUUAACUAGAUUAAAAGUUCAACAAAAAAAUUCUCUUGUUUUUCUAUUGUAAUAAUAUAUCUGAUAAAAAACAUAGAUAGCAAAAAUUAAAAACAAUGAUUUCGGUAAUGCCAUGUUGCACCGUAAAUAUUUGUCACUUUACCUAUAAUUUUUUGCCAGAUUAUUUUAAAAACCCUUUGGAAAAUUAAAAAAUUACGCCAUACACUAACUGAUCAAAUUUCUUUUUAUAAAAUUGGCAACACUUGAUACAUCAGAGCAAGAUUUUUGGUAGAAAAGUUAUUCACAGACACAAAAAAAAAAAAAAAUAUAUAAAACAUCAUUGGUAACAAUAGUCUCUCCCUUGGCUUUGAUUUUAAAAUAUAAAUAAUAACUUUAUAGGGGAUUCUACACUCAUCUCUUGUCUGUGGGGUUUAGGUUGAAAUUUAAGUAACAAAUAACAAAACAUAUGUAUCCUUUUUAAAUUUUGUUAUUUGUGUUUUGACUUUAAUUUCAACCUAAAUGGUAAAAUUUUCAUUGUAAGUAAUGUAUUAAAUUAGUCUAUUUUCUAAAAUUUGUUAAUUAGACUGAAACAGUACAUUUCCUCUUAACACCUUUACGUGCAAUGUUAAGUUUAUAUUGUGUAUAAGUUAUACUUAAAUAUUAUUUUUCUUACUAUAAAAUAAAUGUAAAUGAAUAGUUACCCAAGUUUUAAAGAUUGAUAUUUUAAUUGCUUUUUAAUUUAAUUUUUUAUUUGUAAGCCUUAUAUGAUACUUUUUUUUUAUUAUAAUAUACAUGUAUAGUUAUUACUUUAUUAGGUAUUGAAAAAUUGAAUUUUAUACUACCGAUAUGUUAAAAUUAUUAUAUUGUUUAAUUACUAAAAAUGUUUUUUCUAAACAAAUUUUCAAUAAAAAAAUUACAUUCUAUACAAUAUGAAAUUUUAUUACUUUAUGAAUUUCAUUACAAACUUAAAACAGUGCACAGGAACAGCUAAAAUUAAAAAUGAAUAACAAUAAAUUGUACAAUUUGUAGCUCAAGAAUUAAUGAAAAAUCACAAUGAAUGGCCUAAUUUGCAAAAUGUAUUUGAUGAGUAUUUAGCUGAAUGUAAUAAAAUUAUUGACAACAUAAGAAAUGAAAAAGACGAUCUUGCUCAACAAGUUAGUUGACCUAAAUUAUUAAUUUAAAAAUGUAAAUUCAUUAAUGUUAUUCAUAUUUUUCAAGUUAAUUGUAGCAGAUUCAAGACUUAAGUCAUCUCAAAAAUUUAUAGAAGACCAAACAACUGAUCGUGAAAUCGAAAGAGUUGAAUUUGAUAAUAAAUUAGAGACACUAAAAUGCCAGUUGAGAGGGAAAAAAAGAGAAUCAAUGGAUACUGAUGAUCUUAGAUCUCAUGUAUUUUUAUAUGUUUUAAUUUUUCUUAUUUUUGUAUUUAUUAUUAUUUUUAUAAGAUUUUAUUUUUAAGACUGAACAAAUGAUGACUGAGGCUAAAGAACGGUAUUCAAUGUUAGAGAAAAGACUGUUUAAAACUGAAGAACUAUUAAGUGGAUCUAAACUUGAAGUCCAGUCGUUAAAAAAUAUUAUUCUUAACAUGGAAAAUCGAAUAGAACAUUUCAUUAAAAAUGAAAUUGCUCAAAAUGAUUCAAUUAAUCGAUUGACCAAUAUGUUAGAGGAAGAGCAAAAUACCCAGCAGGACAUGAUUACAGAAGUAAGUUAUAAUUUAUUAUUUGAGUGAUUUUAAGUAAUAACAUGUGUACUUGUGAUUAUAGUUAAAUCGGUUACAAAAUCUGUUAGAAGAACAAAAUCAAAGUGAUAGUCCUGAAUUUGUUGAUAUUGAAAUUGUUAUUAAUAAAAUCAGAUUACAGGUAAAAAAUUAAUUUGAUUAAUUUUUUUAUAUGAUUGAACAAACAUUUUUAAAUUUAUUUUUAGUUAAAAGAUUUUGAAAAAGUCAUUUCUAAGCGAAUUAAAGAUCUUGAUACUUUUUGGGUUUCUGAAGAGUGUGGUUCACCAAUGUCUGAAGACAUUUCUGUUGCGUAUGUCUUGUAUCCAUUAGUCUUGUAUCCAAUUGAUUGUGAUCUAUGUAAAGGGUCUUCCAAAUUUUUAUUACAGUCAAAUUUUCCAAAAAAUAACUUUUAUAUUUUAAAAUAUUACAUUGUCCUUAUUUUUGAUUUUCAAAUGGCAAUCUAUAUUAAAAAUGUUAAAAAAUAGAUCUCUUGUCAACAGGUUGACAGACAUCAAGAAUUUCAAUAAAAAAAAUGCAUUUAAAUUAAUAUUCUGUUCAUACAUGGAAUUUUUAAUUUAAGUUGUUAUUUGAAAAUUAAAAAUAGAUAGCUGAUUAACCCAAAAAAUAAAUAUAAUGUAUCAUUUUAAAAUAAUAUGAUUAUAAAAUAUUUUUAAAUGGUUCAUUUACUGAAAAAAUUAAUAAUUUAUGGACAAUUUGACUGUUGCAAGAAAUUUGAAAGAUUUUUAUUAGUUAACUUAGUUAUUACUUAGUUAAUAGCAUUUAUCAUUUUUUUUUUAGAGAACGGUGUGAACUACCUAAUAAUAUAAGUAUUCAGAAAAAUAGUUCUCCUACUCGCAUAAUUGCAACAUUAGAUGAUGUGUUUAUUAGACUACAAGAACGUUUAAAUAGACUUUUCAAAUCUGAAGAUGCUAUUUUUAAACAUGAAUCAGAUCAACAAAUUAUAACUAGUGAACUUAAUAAGCAAAUUAAAGUGAAUGAUCUAAUGAUGUUUGGAUUAUACAAAUAUAAUAAUAUGUUUGUAUAUUAUAGAGCUUAGAAUCUGAAGUUAACAUGUUGAGAACAAGACUGACUGAAAAAAGUGAUCAAUUAACUACUGCCAAAAUGAAAAUCGAUGAAUUAAGAGUGUUAAAAAAUGAUAAUGUCAAUUCUGCUACCUCUCAAUUGCAAGGAAAACUUCAAAAAAUUACAGCAGAAUUUAAUAAAUGCUCUUGUCUUGUAGAAGAACAAAAUCAUGAGGUCAGUAUUUUCACCAGAUUUUUUUAUAUUUUCUAGUUACUAUAAUAUGAUGGAAUAUUAUUUUUAGAUAAAAAAAUUGAAAGAUUCAACGAAAUAUCUAAAGAAUAUGAUAUCUUUUUAUGAAUCGGAGCUAGCUGAAAAAGAAAACACUGAUUUAAAUACAAUUAAUAAUCUUGAAUCUAAAGUUAUAGAUCUUGUUGAACAAAAUAUGAAUUUAGAAGUAUAUCUACAUAAAUAUAUAUAUUUUUUUCUAUGCUUUUUAUUUUACAACAAUUAAUUUGUAAUUUUUUGUUUAUAAAGAUUGAAUUAAAAACUAAAAUAUCUCAAAUCGAAUUAUUAACUACUCAAUUUAGCAAUUUACAAAAUAAAGAAUUGGUAUGUAGACAUACUAGGUUAGUAAAAUUGUUAAUUAAGUUUACCAUUUGGUUUUCAGAGUCAAAAUGCUGGAGGUAAACAAAAUCAUAGCGUUUCCAAAAGUAUAAUGACAGACACACAAAUAAGUGAAAAUGAACAAAUGCGACGUGCAAUUUCUAAUGAAUCCAACCCUUUAGCUUCAUUACAAAUGUCUUACAAUCAUCAAGAAGCUUCUGUUCAUGUGCCAUCAAUGUUGAACUUAAGUCUUCAUUCUCCAUUAACAGAAGAUAAUACAAACAUGCAAAAUUCAAUCAGUGUAAGAAUGGCAUUUAUAUAUUUAUUUAAAAUAUUUCCUGUAUUAAAAAUAAUAUUAUUUAAUUAGGAUGAGUUGAAGUCAGCAUUAGCUAAUACAAAAUUAGAGUUAGAAGAAAAAAAUUCUUUAAUCAAAGUUAUGGAAAAGAAUGCUGAACGCCUAGAUCAACAACUUAUGGAGCUCAAAGAAACUAUAAAAAUAUUAAAUUCAGAAAAUUUUGCUCUAGAAAAUCACAAUCAAAUACUAGUAAAAAAUGAAACUGAAUUAAUUAACAAAUUCAAUAAUGUUGUAAUACAGCUUGAAAAAAAACAAGAAACGUUGACUGAACUUGAAACCUUAGGAGUUAAAUUGAAAGCUGAAAUUCAGCCAUUAGAAUAUAUGAAAGAUAAUUUAGAAAAAAAGAUUUCUGCAUUUAAAGAUUGUAAUAAAAUACAAUCAGAGAGAAUAGAAUGUUUAGAAAAUAUCAAUGAAGAACUUAAAAACGAGUGUGAUCGUUUAAAAACGAACCAGACAAAUUUGAAUGAAAUUAAAUCUUUACAGCAGGAUAAUUGGAUAUUAAAAAAUGAACUAUUAAAUACUGAAAAGUUCAAACUGGAAGUGGCUGAAAAACUGGAAGAGUUAAGGAAUGAGUAUGAUCUGCUUAAAAGUAAAAAUUUAACUCUGAUGAAUGAUAUUGAAAAUCUUAAUUUGGAUAAAGAUUGUCUAAAAAAAGAAUUGGAAAAAAAUGAAGAGCUACAUACUGAUGAGCUUAUUGGAUAUCAAAAGUUAUUAGCUGAAGAACAGAAUAAAAAACAUCAAGUUAACAUGGAACUUUUAAAAACCUUCGAAGAACUGACUAAACACACAUCUUCAGAACAACAAAAAUUGAUUUCUGAUAUACAAGAAAACACAAAAUGUAACUUAAUAAUAAAUUUUAAUAUUAAUAUAAUAAUUGGUUACAUAAAUGAUUUAAUUAAAUUUGAUUUCAGUUGAAGUAACAUGCACACUUUCAGAUUUUGGUUCAGAAAAUACUACCUCAAACUUAGUAAGACUUUAAGUACAAAAUAUUAAACAUUAAUUUAUUAAUUACCACAAAAAUGUAAAAAUUUAAAACAGUGUUAUAAGAGUAUCAAAAUUUGGUUAAUACGAGUUUUUAAAUAGUAUAACUUAAUAUAAAUUGUGAUCACACAUAACUUAUUAAAUCAUAAACGGAUUCAUAUUAACCAAGUUUUGUUAUAAUUACAUUUUAAAUAUCUAGGGAUUAAAAUUUUACAGCAUUUCUUUUUAAUAACAGAUAAAUUAAUCAGAAUUCAAUUGUUUAAGUUAUUUAAAUUUCAUCUAUAUUAAUUAAAAAUAUGAAUUUAACUUACAAAUUCUAUUUUGAUACAUUGUUUUAAAGAACAUGUGUUUAUUAAGUUACAGAGUGUUACAAUUAGAUAUUAGAUUGGUUAGAAACACCUAUAUAUAUUUUAUUCCCUGUGUAUAACUAGUAAAUAUACAGCUCUUAAAGUAUAAAUUAAAAAAAUAUAAAACAUUUAAAGAAAAUAAAGUUAAAAAUUACAUCCUCAUAGAAUAUUAAUACAUCAUGGAGUAAACCAUUUUCAUCUCUAUUUUUCUUGUUUUCUUGUAUAAAACACCUAUUAUGGACAUAAAUAAAGGGGUUCUUAAAAGGUAUUAGCCCUCCUUGAGUCAUCUUAAGCCCUAAUUAUAAUAUUUGAGAUAUUUUAGUCAUUUAUAUUAGACAUAAAAUCUACUGGGCUCAAGCCCUAUAUUUAUUCAAUCUAUAUUAUGAAUACCCAUGACAUCUAAAUAUAUAGAUAAAUUUAUGGCCAUAUUACAAUGGUGGUUUAUCUUAAACUUAAGUUUAACCAAAAAUUUAGAUUAAGGCGUACACAAAAAGUGAACAUGUAGUUCACUUAAUUUAAAUUGUACACUUGGCUAAUUUAAAGUUUAAGUAUAACUCCAUAAUUAAAACUAAUUAAAUUUUUUUUUGUUAAUUCAGUUAAUUUUACCUAUGAACCUGGAGUUAGCAACUUAUGUUUUAACCGGGUGUGUUUAAAAUAAAUUUCGAACAUAUCUACUUAACCAGAAAACUUUAUUUUUCUGGAGUUCAUUAUUGGAGCAGUUUUGGUUAAAAAACUUUAAAAAUCUUCUAAAAAAAAAAAAAUUUUAGAAAAAACACAAUUAAAAUCUUUCAGAAACUAUUAUUUUUAGAAGUUAUAGUGAUUUGAAAACUGUAUAUUACUAUACAUAAUAGAUGGAACAACAAAUUGUGCAUGUGCGGGAACAGCUCAUUUACCUAUAUAAUCUAAAUUUCUAACCUGAUACUAUAAAUAGGAUAGUGUUUUAAAUGUAAACCUGUACAUUGCUACACAAGACUUGACCUUCGGCUACCUUCUUUCUAUCUCUUGGAGAGUUCAUGUCAGUUUUACAAAACCGUAAAGAUGCAAACUUUAAAUAGACAUAACUUCUUUAAUUUUGUUUUCCAUUUUCAAAAGCAGUGGGAAAAAACAUACGCUUUGUAAAGUUUUUUUAAAUCAAUACAUGUUUUGAGAAAUUCCCCUAAAAUUGUAAAAUAUAUUUAUAUAUUAUAUAUUGUCUGUAAUAUUUUUUACUGGUGAAAUAUAACUUUUAUGUGAAAAAAAUUGUUGCAAUAUCAAUUCAUUGCAAAAUGAACCAUGUAGAAAGUUCAACCUAUUAGAGCUGCUUAGUUUCAGUUAAAACAUGUAAUUGCAUACAAAUAUGGUUUCUAGUUAAAAUCAAGGAAUAUUAGAUAUUUCUCUAUUUUUUUCUCAAUAAUGUAUCAAAAUAUAUUUCAUUAAGUAACUAUUAUUCAAUACUGAGUAUUCAAAUAUAAAUUAAAACUGUAAAUUUGGUAUCUUUUUAGAAUGAUACAUAAUCUAAACAAAGAAUAAGGCAUUAUUUUUUUACUUUUUAAAUGUAACAAAAUUUUUAAUAUUCUAAUAUUGGUGGAUUAAUAGGAACAAUUAAAACCUUAUAAAACACUAUGAAGUUUGUUUGAGAAUAAUAUUCUGUAUGUACUUUUUUUUUUUGUACGAAUAAAUUUAGGCCAACAAUUCUAUAGAAGUUCUAGAAAUUGAUCUUGAAAAUGAACGUAAAAAAAAUUCAGAACAUCAAAGAUAUAUUGAAGAUAAAGAUGCUGAAAUAGAAUAUUUGAAUACCAUAAAAAAAUUCCAAGAAGAAAAAAUGGCCGAUUACAUGUAGGAAAAUGAUUGUAUAUAUUAAAAUGAUAAUUAAUUAAAUAUUUUUUUUUAUAGGCAUAAAAUUCAAGUUGAAUCCGAUCGUAAUACAGAAUUAGAAUUAAAAUUGACAAAGUUAGAAAAUCAUAUUAGAGAACUGGAAAACAAAAUUGAAAUUUUUAAAAUCCAAGAAUCAAAUCAAGCAAAUAAUUAUUUAGUUGAGGUCGGUAAUAUUGUAUAUUAUUACCAACAAAAUAAUUAAUUACAAAUUGUUGUUUUCUUUAGAAACUAGAAAAUGAUUUAGCUAAAGUAUUAAAUACAAAUGAAAUGUUAGAUAAUGAGUUAACUAGAAUUCUGGAUAUCAAAGAAGAAACUGAUAAAAAAUUAAUUGAUGCUUGUAAUCAAAUUGUUGAGUUUGAAACUUGCACAGGAAAACUAACAGCCUUAUUGGUAUUUAAUUUUAUAUAAUUUAAACUUAUAUUAAAAGUUCAAUUGCUGGUUAAUAAUUUGUAGGGACAAUUGGAAAAUAAAAAUCAUAUGAUUGAGGCAUUCAAACUUCAGCUGAAUAAUGCUGAAAUGAUUAUUAAGGAUCAACAAGUUAAAGCUAAUAAGGACAAACAAUUAUUUGAACUUAAGGUAAUUAAAUAGCAAGAUUCAAACUUAUUUACAGUAAAAUUAAUUAAUGUAAUUUAUUGUAACUUACAGUUAUUAGAUUUACAAAAAGAACUUAAGGAUUGUGAACAGAAGUACAAUGAAUUAGUUAAUGAUUAUGAAGUUAUGAAGAACUAUGUUAUUAAAACUCAACAAAUAACUGAUAGUGCACAAUUGACUGAAAAAAAUGUAAGUAUUGUUUGAAAACUAACAGUUUAAGAAGAAUUAUUCUUGGUCUUUAAAUUACUCUGGAUAUUUGGUCUUUAUGGUAAGUCAAAUAAAUAUGUAUGUGAAAUAUCACAAUUUAAUAAUACUUAGAGUAUAUCUUGCUUGAAAAUUAAAAUAUUGCUAAUGUUGUACAGAUAAUAUUCUUAUCUUUAAUAAUAGGUUAAUUCUCCCAAUAUUAAAACUAACUGCACGAAAUUAUUUCUGUCAAGUGCAAAUUUGCUGUGUUGUGUACGUUUGUAAGACAGAGAUAGUACAUGGGGGUAUCACGUUCUCUUGAGUAAGAAAAUGUGUUUUUCAUGAUUUCCUUUGUUUGAAUUAGUAUGUGUGUCAUCCUCUUAACUGUACCACAAUAACUAUUAUCUAAUACCUAUGCGUAAUAGAACUUGCGUAAUGAUAUUGUAUCAAAUUAUAAAUUAAUACAUUUUGAUAAAAAUUAUAUGUUUUAGAGCAAUGUUAAUUUGAAACUAGAAGUUGCUGAGAAAAAUGUAACUGAAUGGCAAAAAAAAUAUACUGAUUUAUUAUAUGAGAAUCGUGAGAUAAAAAACAAAGUAUAAAGUACAAUUUAAUUUUAGUUUUUUUUCGACAAUAUAUAUAAAAAUGUCUUUAGUUUGAAACUCUGGAUGCUGAGUGUUGUCAUUUACAAAACAAAAUAACAGAGUUGCAGAACAAGCUUACAUUAAGUGAUCACUAUAAAAAUAGAUUGAAAAAUGAUCUUCAAGACAUCCCUAUAACGACAGAUUUUGAGCUCAGAAAUUCAAAAUUAAUUGUAAUGGAUAAAUAAAUGUAAAUAAAUUUUAAUAUUGUAAUAAUAUAUUUGGUAUUUUGUAAAUAUUUAAGGUAAAUUUGGAGACGGAAAACCUAUCAUUAAUUAAAAAACUAACAGAGACUCGUGAAAAGUACAAUAAAUGUAGAGUUCAACUAGAAGAAAUAAAAUCAUUGUUAGUAAAACAAAAUUUUAAAAGUGUCAUCCAGGAAAAUAUCAAUCUUUGCAAAACAAGGGUAAACACAAAUAUUAAGUUAUUAAUUCACUAUAUUUUAAAUUAUUUUUAUAUUUUUAGGAUGAACUACAAAAGGAAGUUUCUGAUUUAAAAUGUUGCAAUCAGGAUUUAAGUAGAAAAAUAUUGGAAAAAGUAGUAUUUUUUGAAAUAUUUAAUUAUACACAAAUAUUCAAUAUCAUAUAUUGGUGCUCUAGGGUGAAAAUGUUUGGCCAGUUAUUGAUAAUAAUUACAUUACACGGAUAGAGGCUCUUUACCAUUCAUUAGUGUGGCAAAAGAUGUAUCUAGUAAGAUUAGCCAGAGGCAAAGACAAAUUGCUCAGAUUUAUCAUUCAAGAAUGGCCAGAUUUAGACAACAACAUUAUCAAAACGACAAUACAAAAAAUAUGUGCCAAGAGGAAGAUGUCCAAGUUCAAGUAAAUACUGCAUCAAAUGACAAAUACCAUUAAGAGGCGUUAUACCUGCAUCUACUGUCUCAGUCCUAUUACUGGGUAACAUGCAAAAACAAUGCUUAUGCAGAAUAAGUAAAACUAGCUUAAUUUUGAUUAUAGAGUAAAAGUACCUAUGAGUAAAUUUAUAGAGAACAAUAUUUUGGAGGGAAUGUCAUAAAUGUUUUUUAAAUUAUGAACUAUAAAAAAGUUAGUUAUUUAGAAAGAAUAAAAAAGGUUUUCUGAAUUUUUUAUAUCAAAUUGUAUAUUUUUAAUAAUACAAAAACUCUAUGACAUUCUCUCCAAAAUAUUGUUCUCUAUAAAUUGCAUAUUAAAUACUUUUACUCUAAAAUCAAAAUUAAACUAUACUCCGUGCACUGAGAAAUCCGCCCAUCUUUCGGUCAUUUGGUAUUUAACAGUCCACUUGAUGGGAGAAAUUAGACCUCUACACUGCGGAGCGCUUUCAUUUGUAUGCGCAGACGAGUUGUGCUUUCUCAGCGCAAGGAGUGUAGUUUACUUAUUCUAUGUAAGUAUUGUUUUUGCAUGUUACCUGGUAGUUGGACUGAAACAGUACAUGCAGGUAUAACAUCCGUUUAAUAUAAUUUAAUAUAUUAUACUUAUACAACACAUAAUAUAUAAAAUUAUUUUUCCUAGAAUUGCAGCCAUUAGUAUAAUAGCUAUUAGGCGUAUGAGAAUAAUAGCUAUGAAACGUCUACAUCCCCGACUUGAUCUCACACAGUCUCAACUUGAUCUAACACAUUACAGUUUACCAAGAAAAAUGCCAUGGAUUAAAUGUUAAUAAUGUUUAAUGUAUGUGUUUAAUUUAAGGUUUUUGCCAUCAUGUGCCAUUAGAAUUAGAUUUCUGUAUGUAUAAUAUUAUUUUUUAUAGUACAAACUUAUACAUUUUUAUAUUGGUAAUUUUUAAAUAUUUAAUAUUAUAAUUAUGUAAAUUUUAUGUUUAACUUCUCAUACACAAUUUUAUUGUGAUAUGUGUAAAUAAUUGAUUUUUAAAGAGAAGACUCAGAAAAUGUGCCUUAUAUUUAAAUGAUGGUAUUUAUUUUAACAUUUUAAAUAUAUUUUCAAACAAUAUUUAAUCAGUAUGUUGUAUAAUUCUUGAUGUGUAAAUUGACCCUUUUGGCUGUUUUUUUGAUACUUUAUUGACUUGAUCUAUAUACAAAUUGUUCUUUUUAAGAUAAUCCUAAA